UUGCACUUUGCUGAGCUUGAUUUUUGCUUGUAUGCAUGGAAAGCUGUCAUUUUUAUCUACUACUAUUGUUUUCCUUGCCAUAUAUAAAGCAUUGAUUUUUAGUGUCUUUUACAUAAUUAAUGCUUAUAAUAAGCACCCACCUAUUCUUACAGAGAGCUCCCCUGUUUUUGUGGGUGCUUCCUCUUCUUCUUCUAUUUCGUUUCUCUACUGUUUCUCUGCUGCAGUUUGGACUUCAGAACUUGUUCUUGUCUCUUUGGUCACUGCUUCUGAGGCUUUUGUCCCAUGAAGAUGCUAGUGGCGCUGCUCUUGCUACUGACAUUGAGCAAUGCUGUCAAAAUUAAUGGUGAAGAGGAUGGACAGUGUGAUUAUAAGCUGACAUUGGAACCAAGACCCCAUAGUGUGACCAUAUCCGAGUUUGGUGCUGUGGGAGAUGGUAAAACGUUGAAUACCAUUGCCUUCCAGAAUGCCAUUUUUUAUCUCAAGUCCUUUGCUGAUAAGGGAGGUGCUCAGCUUUAUGUGCCUCCGGGAAGGUGGCUUACAGGAAGCAUCAACCUUACCAGCCACCUUACACUCUUCUUGGAAAAAGGUGCUGUCAUUCUUGGAUCUCAGGACCCAUCUCAUUGGGAAGUUGUUGAACCUUUACCCUCAUAUGGUAGAGGGACUGAACUUCCUGGAGGAAGAUAUCGAAGCUUGAUAAAUGGAUAUAUGUUACAUGAUGUGGUGAUUACAGGUGAUAAUGGAACCAUUGAUGGGCAGGGAUCGGUUUGGUGGGAUUGGUACAGUUCUCAUUCUUUGAACUAUAGCCGCCCUCAUCUGGUGGAGUUUGUAGCGUCUGAUUAUGUAGUAGUUUCAAAUCUUACUUUCUUGAACGCCCCUGCAUAUAACAUACAUCCAGUCUAUUGCAGUAAUGUUCAUGUUCAGAAUGUCUCUGUCUCUGCUCCUCCUGAAUCCCCUCACACUGUGGGUAUAGUCCCAGAUUCUUCUGAUAAUGUGUGCAUUGAGGAUUGCAUCAUUAAGAUGGGAUAUGAUGCCAUUGCCCUCAAGAGUGGUUGGGAUGAGUAUGGAAUUUCUUAUGGAAGACCUACCACAGAUGUACACAUCAGAAGAGUCCACCUGCAGUCAUCUUCGGGGUCUUCUCUUGCUUUUGGUAGUGAGAUGUCUGGUGGCAUUUCAAAUGUGCUUGUUGAGCAUAUCCACCUAUACCAUUCAUUUAGUGGCAUUGAGUUUAGAACUACAAAGGGAAGAGGUGGUUACAUCGAAAAGAUCAUUAUAUCAGAUGUUAAAAUGGAAAACAUCUACUUGGCAUUGGCCGCCACUGGCCAGUGUGGGUCCCAUCCAGAUGACAAGUAUGAUCCUAGUGCUCUACCAAUUUUGGACCACAUCACCUUGCGGGAUGUGAUUGGCACAAACAUCACAAUUGCUGGACAGUUCACAGGAAUACAAGAAUCUCCUUUCACUUCUAUCUGUCUAUCCAAUGUCUCCUUAUCUAUCAAUUCUGGAUCUCCCACUUCUUGGGUAUGUUCCAAUGUCUUUGGCUUUACGGAGUCUGUGUUCCCAGAACCUUGCCCCGACCUUGAGAGCUAUUCAAAUUCAUCAUCAGAUUGCUUUUCCUUCCUGCAUUUAAAUGGAAAAGCUGCAGCCUUAUGAUACCAUUCCUCCUUGCCACAAUCAUACUUUUCAGCCAGUUGAACAUUUCUAUCAAUUACCAUUUCAAAUUAGGUCACAUUCUUUCCAAUAAGACACAUGUCUACAAUAUUUGUUUCUUCAUCCCUUAUAUUUGCAUUCUUGCAUGUUGCGGUCUACAGCUUAUUUGUACAGCUUCAUUUCUUUAUUCAUGUGUAAGGAAAUUUUUGGUAGUGAUGGUGCAGAGGUACUCAGGAGUCAGGAUGUCGUUAGUAUUGCAUUAUAAUUCCAUUGUAAAAUGUUUAUUUGAUGUGGAGUGACAUAUCAGAUAAGAUGGUAGAUAUGAAAGGAUAUUUCUAGAGGGGUUAUGUGAUUGGAAUAAAGGGUUUUUGGACAUCAAAGUAAAGAUAGAAUGGAUGGGUUGGUUACUCUUUUAA